CAAAAUUAUAACACAAUCUGUUCGCUUCUCACCAAACUGUUUCCUUUCACUUUUUUUGUUUGUUUGAGUGGAACCAAAGUAGUCUUUCUAUCAAUCAUAAGUCCCUGAACUAACCUACCCCUUUUUUCUGCUUCUUGUGUCCUGUGUUGUGUGUGCAAAACAGCUAUUACUACUUGAAGUGCUUUCAGGUUUCAGCAUAUUCAGAAUAUUUGUCCUUGAUAGUGGAACUUUUGAAAAGAAAAAUGGAUGGUGGUAACUUACCACCUUGGAAAACAACUGGUUCAUGGUGGCAUCAUGGGCUAGAAUUAGAGGAUGUAAAUGAAAAUGAAGAGUUCAACAAAGUGGUUCUCCUAUCAACGUUACCUGCUAUACCUCAGCCACCAACACCACUUGAACCCAUGGAGUUCUUGUCAAGGUCAUGGAGCCUCUCUGCUUCUGAGAUUUCAAAGGCUCUUUUAGAUAAACACAAGCGAAGUUUCUAUGACAAGAAUCAACACGUGUUUCUUGAUUCUGCUGCUAAUUUCGCACCUCAACUUGUAGUAGCAGGAAAGUUGACAACCCCUUCAUCAAAUAGCAGAAAAAUGGGAAGCAUUGGAAAAUGGUUUCAUCAGAAGCAGAAGGGUGGAAGUGGUAACAACAUGAAUGUAAGGAAGAAAGACAAGGCGCGGCUGGAAUCGUGUCGAGUCCAUUCUGCUGUGUCUAUUGCAGGGCUGGCUUCAGCCUUGGCUGCUGUGGCUGCAGCGCAACAGAACUCUAACAAUGGCUCGUCUAAUUCGAAGCUGAGCCUAGCCCUGGCUUCAGCCAUGGAGCUGGUUGCGUCGCAUUGCGUUGAAAUGGCUGAAGCGGCUGGAGCUGAUCAUGGCCGUCUGGCUUCUGCUGUGAAGUCUGCUGUUGAUAUUCAAACCCAUGGAGAUCUCAUCACACUAACCGCCGCUGCUGCAACAGCUUUGAGAGGAGAAGCAGCACUAAGGGCAAGAUUACCAAAAGAAACAACGAGGAAUGCAUCAAUAAGUCCCUAUGAUAAGGGAGUGCCACAAUCUCAUUCUCAUUGGUUUGCACCUUUUGACGACCAAAUGUUGGAACAUCAUCCACCGUGUGUGGGAGAAUUGUUGCAACUCACACGAAAAGGCGCACUAAGAUGGAAGCAUGUCACUGUUUACAUUAACAAGAAAUCUCAGGUCAAAAUUAAGAUCAAAAGCAAGCACGUGGGAGGAGCCUUCUCCAAAAAGAAUAAAUGUGUGGUAUAUGGAGUGUGUGACAAACAGGGUGCAUGGCCGUAUAGAAAAGAAAGGGAAGCAUUGGAAGAGUGUUAUAUUGGCCUCAAAACAGCACAAGGCCUUUUAGAGUUCAAGUGCAAGAGUAAAUUCCACAAGAUGAAAUGGGUUGAUGGGAUUGAGGCUCUACUUCGUAGAUCCAACUCUAUUGAAGCAAUCGAUACUUCUCUGGAAAUUUUAUGUAUCAAUGACAGCAUAUGAAUCAAUGAAUUUGAAUAUAUUUAUAUAAUUAU